CGACAAGGAAUUUGUCUCUGGGAAUCUCAAACUCGGCACGCCAGUUUUGCUGCGUCUGUCUAGAUAUCUAAGAAGUGGAGCAAGGGAUUCAGUCAACCAUCCUUCCUGCUCAGACUGUGGGGAGGGAUUCACUCGGCUAUCUCAAUUGAAGGUACAUCAACAAGUUCACACUGGGCAAGGCAAUUCACCUGUUCUGUGUGUGAGAAAGGAUUCAGUUAGUCUUCCCACCUGUGGACACACCAGUCAGUUCACACUGGCCAGAGGCUGGUCAUCUGCUGAAUUUGUGGGGAAGGAUUCACUCGGUCAUCUGACCUAAUGGCUCACCAACGAGGUCACAGUGGGGAGUGGCCGUUCACCUGCUCGGACUGUGGGAAGGGAUUCACUCGGUCAUCUAACCUAAUGGCUCACCAACGAAUUCACACUGGGGAGCGGCCGUUCUCCUGCUCAGACUGUGGGAAGGGAUUCACUAUGUCAUCUCACCUACUGACACACCAACGAGUUCACACUGGGGAGAAGCCGUUCACCUGCUCAGUCUGUGAGAAGAGAUUCACUCAAUCUUCCACCCUACAGAGUCACCAGCGAGUUCACACUGGGGAGAAGCCGUUCACCUGCUCAGAAUGUGGGAAGGGAUUCACACUGUCAUCCCACCUACUGGCACACCAGUCAGUUCACACUGGGGAGAGGCCGUUCACCUGCUCAGACUGUGGGAAGAGAUUCACUCAGACAUCAACCCUACAGAGUCACCAGCGAAUUCACACUGGGGAGAAGCUGUUCACCUGCUCAGAAUGUGGGAAGAGAUUCACUCGAUCAUCUAACCUACUGACACACCAGCGAGUUCACACAGGGGAGAGGCCGUUCACCUGCUCAGACUGUGGGAAGAGAUUCACUCAUUCAUCCACCCUUCAGAAACACCAGCGAGUUCACACUGGAGAGAAGCCAUUCACCUGCUCAGUCUGUGGGAAGAGAUUCACUGAGUCAUCCAACCUACAGAGACAUCAGCAAGUUCACACUGGGGAGAAGCAGUUCACCUGCUCAAAAUGUGGGAAGGGAUUCACUUGGUCAUCCGACCUACAGAGUCAUCAGCGAGAUCACACUGGGAAGAAGCCAUUCACCUGCUCAGAAUGUGGGAAGAGAUUCACUCGAUCAUCCCACCUACUGGUGCACCAGUCAGUUCACACUGGGGAGAGGCCGUUCACCUGCUCGGUCUGUGGGAAGAGAUUCACUCAGUCAUCCACCCUCCAGAGACACCAGCGAGUUCACACUGGGGAGAAGCCGUUCACCUGCUCAGUCUGUGGGAAGGGAUUCACUCAGUCAUCCGACCUACAGAGUCACCAGCGAGUUCACACUGGGGAGAAGCCGUUCACCUGCUAAGAAUGUGGGAAAGGAUUCACUCAGUCAUCGAAACUAGUGGUUAAUAACGACAAGGAAUUUGUCUUCGGGAAUCUUGAACUCAACACGCCAGUUUUGCUGUCUCUGUCCAGAUAUUUAAGAAGUGGAGCAAGGGAUUCACUCGAUCAUCUGACUGACUGGCACGCCCGUCGUUUUACACUGGGGAGAGGCCGUUCACCUGCAUAGAUAGUGGGAAUGGAUUCACUCUGUCAUCUCAACUGAAGGUACAUCAGCAAGUUCACGCUGCACAAGGCCAUUCACCUGUUCAGUGGGUGAGAAGGGAUUCAAUCGGUCUUCUCACCUGUCGACACUCCAGUCAGUUCACACUGGGCAGAGGCUGGUCAUCUGAGUUUGUGGGGAAGGAUUCACUCGGUCAUCUGACCUAAUGGCUCACCAGCGAGUUCACACUGGGGAGUGGACGUUCACCUUCUCAGACUGUGGGAAGGGAUUCACUUGCUCAUGUAAAUUGAAGGUAUAUCAGCAAUUUCACACUGGAGAGAGGCCAUUCAUGUGCUCAGAUUGUGGGAAGGGAUUCACUCGGUCAUCUGAUUUGCAGAUACACCAGCAAGUUCACACCAGGAAGUGGCCAUUCACCUGCUCAGACUUUAGGAACAGUUUCUUUCAGCCAAAUCGACUGAAUGUGCAUCAAUGAGUUCACACUGGGGAGAAAGUUUCAAUAAGCUGCAUGCUGGAUAUUUCUCCAUCACCGUUGCUGAAUGCAAUUUCGAGAGUGACUGUCAGUGCAGAACUCUGCAAUUAUUGCUGCUGCUUACCACACCCAGUUCUGCACUGGGCAUGGGAGGAGUUUCUUCUGCUGCAUAUUCACCUUUAAUGGGACUGGAGUUUAAUAUUCUGCAUCUGUGACAAAUAAAUCAGUUCUAUUUUAAACUCUGUCUCUGACAGGAACAGCAGGGCUCUCACAGCUAAUGGUUUAAAAAGUUCAUCUGUUUGGUGAGGUAAGUGGGUGAGUAGACUUACUUUUCCUGUUUCAUUCCUGUAGAAUUAGAUAGCAUGCCUGCAGGGUUAGUGCUUUGUUUAGGGUGUCAGUGCUCUAUUCAGGGUGUCUGAUAUGGGAAUCCUGGGACACCUCCAGCCUCCCUGAUGGCCACAUCUGCGCCAGGUGCACCGAGAUGCAGCUCCUCAGAGACUCUGUUAGGGAUCUGGAGCUGCAGCUUGAUGACCUACUGCUUAUCAGGCAAAGUG